GCAAGUGCGCCACGGGUCGAAAUGCGAACCACUCUGUCACAAUCCGUGAGCAGUUCGCUCGACUGGAUUGUCGCCGAGGUACAUCAGGGCGAUCGAGAUCCCAGAUCCCAUCUCACUGCCCCAGGCUCGGCACAGAUGCCGCUGCUCUCUUCAAACAUAAAAAGUCUGUUCGCCGCCUUCAAGUCGUUUCCCGCAGUGUCCUCCACUCCCCAGCCAUGGUCUCCCUUCCCAAUGCCAGCAGCCUCAAGGUUGCAGCCGUCGUCGGCUUUUACAUGUCCGCAGCUCUAGUGAUGGUCUUUGUCAACAAAGCCGUGCUGAAUACCUCACCCGAUCUGCCUUUGCUCUUUUUGUUUAUCCAGCUACUCAUCGCGGUCGCAUUACUCCAUAUCUCUGCUCUUGCAUCCACCAAGAUUCAGCUACCAAAGAUAGAUCCAACCGUUGCCAAAAAGCUAAUUCCAGUUGUCUCGAUAAACAUCAUUGGUCUUGUCUUCAAUACGUUGUGCUUGCGAGAUGUAGAGGCAUCGUUUUUCCAGAUUGCACGGGGACUGCAACUUCCCUUGACUAUUCUCGUUUCAUCAGUAAACACUCGCUCAACUCCAUCAAGGAAAGUGAUGGGUGCUGCCGUGAUCGUGACCUGUGGUUUCUUUCUGGGUGUUGCCCCCUCCAAGUCCGUUCCUGUAAUGGCUGCUCCGUCCCUGAUCUCCCUCUGUUACGGCUUCCUCUCCUCCCUGUUUAUCGCAUUCCACGCUGUUCUUAUCAAGAGUUCCUUGCCUCAUUGCAAUAAUUCCACGAUCGAACUGGCCUGGUGGACAAAUGCAGGGUCAGCAGUUAUGCUCUUCCCGUUUGUCAUCCUAAAAGGCGAGCCAUGGCGCCUUGAAGAGCUGAUCCAAAGCAGCGAAUGGACCGGAAACGUGUUUAUGUGGGGGUGUUUGGUAACCGGCCUAUUCGGGUUCUUGCUGUGUGUCGCUGGUCUGCUCAGCAUCAAAGUUACGAGCCCUAUCACGCAUAUGUUCUCAAGUGCCGCUCGCUCGGUGCUGCAAACACUCCUUGGAGUCUGGAUCUUCAACGACCUUCUGACUGUGUACGCUAUAUUUUUUCUCUGAUGGACCUUGAUAUCUUUAAUAGUGAUGCUCUCUCUAGUAACCGUGCCUCAUCUAUUCUCGUCAUU